AUGAAGAGCUGCUGGUUGCUGGAGGACCUACUGGCAGAGAAGAGGAGUAGGGAAGCUGUUGCUGCAGCUGCCUUGGAGGAUCUUGCCGAAGUAGGGAUAAAGUGGAACUCUCCGGUGCUGGCAGCAAGUGGAUGGUGCGUGGGCUGGUGGCUCGCGGCAGAGGAUGAAGCUAGAGCUGUGGCCUCGGAAUGGAGCCCAAGGAUGGGAAGUGGUUCCGAGGAGACUGCGAGUGAUGAGUCUCAUUCUGUGCCUCGAUGUUUGAUGAGGCAGGUAUUACGGGAGAUCGGAAGGAGUGUGAGGAGGCGGGAUGGCGGGAUUGUGAUUUAUAACGAUGCGUCUCUGAAAGUUCUGGGAUGUGUGCUUAUGCAGCAAGGAUGGCUUUCUAGUCUCUCUUCUAUUGUUUCUCUUGAUUUGAGUUAUAACCGAAUUCCUGGUUUGCUUCCUGCCCUUCUACGAAACCUAACUACUCUUCGGUUCCUUAAUCUUGCUUAUAACCAAUUCAACUCUGCAAUACCAAAGUGGUUGUAUGACAUGACCAGCCUCCAAAUUCUUGAUCUUAAAUACAACAAUUUUCAAGGAUCAAUUUCAGGUGCUUUUGCCAACCUUACAUCACUCACAGAACUUCAGUUGUCUUCCAAUUACUUUGAAGGACGGAUUCCAAGAUCCUUGGGAAAUCUUUGCAAUUUAAGAAUUUUAGGUUUGUCAUUGAACCAACUCAGUGGAGAUAUUUCUGAAUUUUUUGGAGAUCAUUCAUCUAUUUCGUGCAUCAAGGAAAUGCUAGAGUCCUUGAAUUUUGGGUUGAAUCACCUGUCAGGCCAAUUACCCAAUCAUUUGGGAGAAUUUAAAAGUUUGACCAUUCUUGAUAUUUUCUCCAACUCCAUUUCAGGGCCAAUUCCUGUGUCUAUAGGGAAAUUAUCAUCCUUGAGGAGGUUAGAUAUUUCUUCCAAUCUUUUCAAUGGGAGUAUUCCAGAAACUCUUGGAAGUCUCUCCAAAUUAGAAGGAGUGUUUAUCUCUAACAAUUCCUUUGAAGACAUUGUUUCAGAAGUUCACUUUGCAAAUCUGACAAGACUAAAGUAUUUUGUAGCUGAUUCAAACCAGCUAACCUUGAAAAUAAGCCACAAUUGGAUUCCUCCAUUUCAACUCCGUGAAAUAUCUAUGAGCUCAAGUGAUGGGGGACCUCAAUUAUUUCCUGCAUGGCUUCAAACAUAG